GUCGUCCGCUUUCAGACUCCAUGAUCUGCUGCCGAGCGGCGCGCCGCGAUCAUCCCCGCGUGCGUACAUGACGCCCCUCCGCGCAUAUCUCCGCUCAGAUGGACUAAGAGUGAUCUCGUGAGGAUGGAGAGCGUUAAACUGAAGAAGAGCAGCGCUCUGAGUGUGGCCUUGAGAUCCACAGCAGACCACAAGGAUGAAGAAGAAGACGAUGAAGGCCAGAGAGCAUCAACCCCCCCUCAGACCCGAAGCCAGAGCCCAGCCGAGCUCAGUAAAGCCUGCAGGAGCAGCUCCAGUCUGCUGCUGAGGAAGAGGAGGGUAAAGAGGCAUGUGUCCAGCAUCAGCUCGUCUCAUAGCCGGAGUCAGACGCUGCUGAGACACAGAGCCAGUCCUCAGCUGCAGCUGUCCGACCGCCAGUGGGUCCGCCAGGACCUGCGCCGUGGCUCCGUACACGUGCACGACCGGCUGCUGGUGCGGUCUCAGCCGGCCCGGCCCGUUCUGUGCACCGUGGAGAGCUCAGCGGCCGAGAUAGCCCAGCGCCUGCAGCAGGCCAGCGGCAAAUCAGGCUCGGUUCUGAGGCUGAACGCCAAGAGCUACCCGUCUAACGGGAACUGCGACGGCGAGUACCCACUUAGACACCUUCACACAGGGGCCGAGAGCCUCCCGGACCAGCCCAACGACCGGCUGCGGCUCCUGCUGCUGGAGAAGGACCAUCAGUACCAGCAGCAGGAGUACCACAUCUACACACCCUCCAAAGUGGACCGCGGGUCCCCACAGGACGAGGACUCCGUCAAGAGGUCCGCGGGCUCCGAUGUGGAGAGCAGCAGUGCUUGCGACGACCUGAGCUCCGGGGCCCGGUUCAGCCAGCACCGGGACUCUCUCAGCGACGACAUGAUCCUGGGCACGGAGGCCUCGGCAUUCGACAGCAGCGCCGCCGAGGGCCUGGACACAUACGGCAGCUCCUCGGACGAGCUGGAGCUGGACUGUGCGACGGGGCCCAUCCUGCCGGACCCCGAGACGAAUGAAGCCGAAACACCCGCCGCCGGGAGCAGUCCACACGGAGCGGUCACAGAUUCGGACUCCAGCCCGGCGCUGUACGUUCAGCUGCACGGCGAGGCCGCCCGGCGUCUGGGGCCCGAUGAGAGGCCCCUACAGAUUCAGAAUGACUUUCUCUUUAAACUGGGAUUUAAAGACCCGUGGCGGGUCCAGGAGGAGGGGAUGAACACUGAGCUGGGAUCACUCCUGCGCUUCUACGCAGGUAAACGACAGCGCUUAUGUGUGAGAGUCGUGAGGCAGGUGUUUACAUCGGCCCCCGUACACGAGGAGCUUGCUGUCAGCUGAUG